UAUUAAAUAUAUAAUAAUAAUAAGGCUAUAAAACUUUGGGUUUUAUAAUUGUGUUGUUUUAUCUGUAAAACUACUGUUUACACUGGUUGAAGGAGCGAAACACUCCCCCCUACUGUCACACUGAAUAAAUAUAUUUGCUAAUCUCUCACAGGCUCGUACUGGCCUUUGUGUUUGUUUGAAAGCCGUUGAAACAAACUCAGAGAGCGGUUAGUCUCGUCCGCGGCUGGUUUCGGGGGCUCCAGGGUGUACCUCCAGCAUGGAGCGGCCGUAACAGCAGCAGCUCCGGGGCGACAGCUCACUGCGUGGCGGUUUCCGGUGUCCGUCCGUCUUCUGGAGGAUGGCGUCCGGCUUCAACCGCAUCCCCUCCACCGCCGGUCCUCCGAGUCCCAAAUACACCGAAGGUUGUCGACCUCAGACCGAAGACGGCAGUGAAAACCAUCGAUAAGCAGCUCGGGUUUUCUCACCUAUCUCAAAGGACGUGUGUAAACACAGAUAAAGCACUCAGCUACUCUCAGGGUGCUUGUUACCGUUUCUUAAACCACAUCCACCUUUUCAGUUUGGCACUGAAAUCCCCCUCAUCUGCUGGAAGCUGAAUCCCUACAUGCGAAGUGGAAGGAUGACGGAGGCGUGGCAGCAGCAGCAGCAACAUGCAGUGGCUCCACCCUCUGUUGUGCACACACUCCCCCAGGGAAGUGACAACCCUCUGGGCUGCACUGUGUACGGAGUCGUCCUACAGCAAGAUGCCUCCCUGCAGCAGCCCCAGCAUGGCCAGCAGCUUUCAGUUCAAGCCCAGCAGUCCUCCUUACAGGUAGGGGGCGAGAGAGGGCAUAAGUGUGGCGCCUGUGGCCAUGACAUAUCUCACCUGGCCAACCCUCAUGAACACCAGUGCAUGGUGAACCAAGACCGAUCCUUCCAGUGUACUCAGUGCAUGAAGAUCUUCAGCCAGGCGACGGACCUGCUGGAGCACCAGUGUGUGCAGGUGGAGCAGAAGCCUUUUGUGUGUGGCGUUUGUAAGAUGGGCUUCUCUUUGCUCACUUCCUUGGCCCAGCAUCACAACUCGCAUGGCAAUGGAAACAACCCAAUGAAGUGCUCCAUCUGCGAGAAAACAUACCGGCCAGGUUCUGGAAACGUCACCCCGACCUCGUCAGCUGCCAACCCUCAGCAGCCCUCCACUGGUGAGACGUCCAGUGACGGUGCAGCGAUCAGUGCCUCGUCUCCUCCUGCGUUUGAGGCCUCCGCACCAGACAGGCCAUAUAAGUGCUCAGUGUGCCAUAAGUCCUUCCGGCAUUUGUCAGAGCUGACCCGCCACGAGAGAGUGCACACCGGUGAAAAGCCAUACAAAUGUGACACGUGUGAUAAAAGCUUCAGCCAGUCUUCACAUCUGGCGCACCACCAGCGCACACACAGCUCUGAGCGGCCGUAUAAAUGUGCGGUGUGCGAGAAGAGCUUUAAGCACCGCUCUCACCUCGUGCGGCACAUGUACGCUCAUUCAGGCGAGCACCUUUUCAAGUGCAAUUUGUGCGAGAUGCACUUUAAGGAGUCGUCUGAGCUCCUGCACCAUCAGUGCCAGCCAGAAGGGGAGAGGCCUUUCCGCUGCGGUUCUUGCGGGAAGAGCUUCAAGCGCCCGUCUGACCUGCGGCAGCAUGAACGCACCCACUCGGAGGAGCGACCUUUCCAGUGCGAGGAGUGCCAGAUGAGCUUCAAACAGCAGUACGCUCUCGUACGCCACCGUCGCACUCACAAAAAUCCAGCCGAUCGCCCUUUCAAGUGUAACCUCUGUGAUAAGGGGUUUCUUCAGCCAUCCCACCUGCUUUACCACCAGCAGGUUCACGGUAUGGAAAGUCUGUUUAAGUGUGCGUCCUGCCAGAAGUCUUUCAGCCAAUCGGGAGAACUGCUGAGGCACAAAUGUGGUGGCGAAGUGGAGAAGCCCUACAAGUGCGACGUGUGCGGCAAAGGUUACAAAAAGAAUUCAACGCUGCAGCGCCACCAGAACUCUCACUGCACAGAGAAGCCGCUGAAAUGCUCCCUGUGUGACAAGCGCUUUGUGUCGUCCUCCGAGUUCGUUCAGCACCGCUGCGACCCGACCCGCGAGAAGCCGCUGAAAUGUCCCGACUGUGAAAAGCGCUUCAGGUAUUCAUCCGAGCUGCAGCGCCACCGGCGAGUUCACACCGGGGAGAAGCCUUUCAAGUGUGCCAGCUGCGACAAGAGCUUCAAGCAACGCGAGCACCUGGCCAAGCACCAGAGCGUGCACUCGCGGGAGACACAGUUUAAGUGCGUGUGGUGCGGAGAGCGUUUUGUUGACCUCACGGCUCUGCAGGAGCACACAGUCCAGCACACUGCUGAGGGGGAGAGUUUCCCUGAAGCUCCCUGCAUCCCAUGAACCGAACUGCUCUUCAGUCCCGGGCAGCAAACGUGACAUUCACCCACAAAGCAACAUGUGCCAGCCUCCGCUCUCCCAUUUGUAGUUUAUAACAUGCACCCAUUAAUCAUGUUUAAUGAUUUUUAAUAUCGGUAAGACUCAAUUCAUCCUCAUCCUUUCGUUGGGUAAAUGGCUAAACACCCUAAAUCGACAGGCGAUUAGGAUCCUUCGUCUUAUUUUGGAACACAUGGGGGGGAAAAAACCUUGAACAGAAUGAAAAAGGCGUGUAACGUAAAAUGUGGGAAGAUCUUGAUUUUGUUUAGUACCGAGUGUGGGACCGUAUUCUGUGGUUGCAUGUGAUCGUCUGUUUUGUAACUGUUGAUUCUGUUGUUGAGAAAGAUGACAAGAACUUCCAGACAGUUGUCGGAUGUGUGUGCUCACGUGUUAACCUCCUCUGAAAUCCAUGUGCCUUUUUUUUUUUUUUUUUUUUAAACCAAUCACUCAUCUUGUGUUUUUGUUAAUUUCGUGUCCAGUAGCCGAACACCUCCACCAUCCGUCUGCAGCGGCUGGCUUGUGCAGCAGUAUCUUUUCACAUACUAGAUCUUAGGUAGUAUCAUCUGUUUGUGCAUGAAUAUUUAUCACACUUUAAUAUCACUGUUGUAUUAUAGGUUUGGUUUAUUUAGGAAAACAUCCUAAGAAGAAGAAAAAAAAGUGGAUUUGUGAAAAUGUAUAGCCUGUGUCCUAUGAAAUCUGUGUUGUUGCAUCUUUGUAUUAAAACAAAUGACAACUAGGUAACUAACCUCUACCUAUCAUGUCAUACAAACACUUGACAUGUGCAAUAGAACAUGCACAAUGUAAUAUUUAUGACUACUGAUUCAUGGCAUAGUCUACUCUGUUAUAUUAUAGAUUGUGUGUAUACGCUUACGUAAACAUUUAAAACUGUAUAGUGCUUAUGUUACCUGCUUUUGUAUUCACCAUGAAUGAGCUUGCAGUAUUUUGCAAGUACUUGUAGUUUCAGUUCCAGAUGGAUUCUCACAAGAUUUAACCCUGACAAGACUUCAAAGCAUUAUAUUGCUUACUUGCCACAAACUAGCUGCAUUAGUUGCUGUGCUAUUAGAUCUAACAAAAGUAAUAUUUUUUAUUUUAUUUUAAAGAAUUGGCCUUGUUACAUCCUCCUCCUGGUCCACGCCGGACGUUCAGCAGAUUAAUCCGAGUAGCCUCAAAGUUACGAUCUGUGUGUUGGUUUAAACCGGGCAUAAAGUAAAAUAUUUGUGUACUUUAGUUUACUGUGUGGGUUUCUAUAUUGUGUACAAUCUUUGCAGUAUAUUUAAAAGAAGGUUUUUGGAGUUUAAAAAUCAUGCACAGAGGGAAUUACAGCGGGCGACUUAUGGGGUGGGACGGGGACUGUGUGGUUGUGCCAUGAUUUAAGUCCUGGUGAGUCUGCUUCAAAACCCUUUUGGAGGUGAACAGUGUAAUGAAGCGUUGGAUUUACACAUAUGGAUAUCAAUAUAGACUCCUGUUCAUACUGUAUACAGACAAUUAAAAUAAACCACCCUUAUGAAAAUAAAGGUGUACAUUGCUUUCA